AGUCUGCGCGUCGCGGCCGGGCGGAGAACGCUGGGUAGGUGUCGGGUCAGGAUUAUCGGUUACGGAGUGUGACAGUGGCGGCUCAGUGCUCAUCCCUGUACUGUCAUUGGUAUAACUGGAGUGUGCGCGAGUGGUGGAGGAUAGGUCUAUAUAACGGCAUUUCACGGAGUUUAGUCUGUGUGUGUCAGUGACACCCCCACCGAGGCCAGCUGCAGGAUCGGACGGUGUCACUGACGCUGCAGCCACGGUGAGCUGGAGGCAGCGACCCGCCGCUGAUACUGACCGGUGUCGAGACGUGCUGGUGAGCCGUGCUAGAUCAUCAGCAGAUUCUCCCACCUCAACCUCUGCCCUGCACCAGCCAGACAAGAGGUAUCUCACCUGGACACUUUCUCGAGCUGGCGGCGCCGGCCGGAUGGCGUUCAACUGGAGCUCGGAGGUGCCGGGGACGCCGGGUCCUGACCUGCUGCCGCCCGGCUGGCCGGUCGGUGCGGGGUCGGACCGGCUGCCGGGCUGGUCGGCCGACCCGGUCCACCUGGCCAACUGGUCGCUGGCUGCCGCCCGGCUGGGGCCGCCGCCCACCGAGCACCCGGCCACGGAGCUGGAGACGCGGCUCAGCCUCACCUACACGCUCUGCGAGAUCCUGGUGGGCAUCGUGGCAGCCGUCGGCAACAGCCUGGUGUGCAUCGUGUUCGUGACCGACCGGCGGCUGCGCAAGCAGACCAACUACUACAUUUUGUCGCUGGCGCUCUCCGAUCUCCUGGUCGGGGUGCUGGGAGUACCGGUGGCGGUGCUGGCCAGCGUGGGCCUGCCGCGCGCCCUCGGCGCCUGCCUGGUCAGCAUCUCGGUACUACUCAUCCUGUGCACCACCAGCAUCCUGAACCUGCUGGCCGUGUCGGUGGACCGAUUCUGGGCCAUCCUCUAUCCGAUGCAGUACGCGCGCAUCAUGACGUCACAGCUAGUCACAGGCAUUAUAAUCGGCUGCUGGGUGCUGGGAGCCGUGGUCGGACUGCUCCCAGUCAUGGGCUGGAACGCCGGCCCCUACCCGUCCUGUCUCUUCACACGAGUCAUGGACUACGACUACCUCGUGUUCCUCUACUUCGCCACCAUCGUCUUCCCCGGCCUCGUGAUGGCCGUGUUCUACAUCCGCAUCUACAUUGUCGUCGUCAAACAGGUACGCAGCAUGUCGUUUUUCUCCCACCUACCGGAGAGCGCCCGGGAGAGCAGCUGCUACCGUAACUGCGCCGGCGGCCAGGUGGCUCGCAAGGAGGUCAAGGCAGCCAAAAACCUCUCCAUCAUCGUGCUGUUCUUCAUGGUCUGCUGGUUCCCGCUCUACACCAUCAACUGCAUCAACGCGUUCUGUCCGGACUGUAACAUCCCGCUGCAGCUGACCAACUUCACCAUCAUCCUGUCGCACGCCAACUCGGCCCUGAACCCGCUGCUGUACGCCUACAACCUCAAGGACUUCCGCCGGGCCAUGUACAGUUUAGUGUGCGUCCGCCUGCUGGGCUGCACCGCCGCCGAGCCGGCCGACUGGCUGCGCGCCAAAAUUGUCGCCGAACAGGAGGCGCUCCGUCUGCACCGGCAGAGGGCGGGCCGCACGCGCACUCAGUCAGCACCGCUGCCGCGGCCUGUUGAGCUGCUGCAGCCACCGCCAACCGGAUACGACCGACAGCUGCCGCUCAACCCUGCCCUGCUGACGGCGAGACCGGCCGGCCGGCCGCCGACACUAGCGACAUCUGAACAUACAGACCGGCGUGUGGCAGCGCCACCUUUGGGCCGAGAGGCAGCGCUGCUGUCGGCGCCGGUCGUACCGCGGCGGAGGGCACGGUCCGCCGGGGAGGUGGCGAGACCGGCUCGUUCCUACCGCUGGCCGCUCGACCAAGGCUCCAUGCGGCAGCGACCGCGCAGCCGCCUGCGCUUCAAGAGCUCUGACAGCUAACGGGUGCGCUGUAUGUAGCGGUGGUGGCUCGCUAGACCUGGCUGGCCCAGGACAGUGAUCUGUGAACUGUUCGGUAGAACCGGCCAUGGCCAUUGGCCAGCGGCCUGUGAGCUGACUUACGUGUUUCAAUGCUCCAGAUGGGCCAAUAGCGAUGUGGGGACAGCAAUAUCAUGAGCUGAGCUCGGAGUGACAUGAUCAAUAGCAAAUCCAAGCGCACAAAUGUGAGAAUCAGAGAUCUGGUUGACCCUCGUGCCGGCACAUCAGAUGUGAGGUCGCUUUUUUUGUGAGUCUUUGAUUAUAUCUCAGGCAUAAACAUCGAUAUAAAUGCAUCCCUAGUCAAUGCAGUAUUGCCAUUAUACGACACACGAUAUACGAUAGUGAUACCUGCUGUCAGGCAAGAGAACGAGACAUAUUCGCUUCAAACAAAGUUGAAGUGUGUUGUUUGAUUUCAUUCCACUUUGUUCAGGUUCUCUAAGUAUUCCGUUUACAGGUAGGUAGGUGAUAGCAAGCAUGGCGUAGAAAUAAUGAUUAGAGCUGACAUUAGGCACAUAGCAGUGGCCAGUGAGAUUUGUAACUGACAUGGUGUCAAUAUUUGUGUUUUUAGUGUUGCAUGUCGUCGUAUCGAGCUUCCGAGCGUAUGGCUCUCCUUGACUGGACAAUAAAUGCCUCUUGUCGUA